GAGAGAGAGAGAGAGAGAGAGAGAGAGAGAGACUGACUAUUCAGCAUCUACUUCAGCUCCACUGAUGUCUCCUGCACCCAGUGAUACCAAUACAGCGGAUAUCCCGAGCGCGCCGUUGCCGCGCAUGCAGCCUGCACACGCUCCCAACUUUCUCCCGAGCUCCUCCAGCGCCUUCCUGGCCGGCCUGGGGCUCGGGGGGCUCGGGGUGGCGGCCACCAAAGCGGGACUUGGAGUACAGAGACUGGCCGCGGCGCAACUCAUAAAGCGGAGGGAGAAGAAAGCGAAGGCAGCGGAGGAGAGGACACAGACGGCGGCGGUGCUGCGCGCUCGGGAGGCUCUGAGCUCCGGGCCGAAGCCGCAGAACUGCAGGAGGCUGGUGGUGCUCGGAGCGCCGCGCGUCGGGAAGACGGCCAUCCUGCGGCGCUUCCUGCGGGACGGUUUUAACGAGCAGUAUGAACCAACACGAGAGGACUUUCACCGGAAAGUCUACAGCAUCCGCGGGGAGACCUACCAGAUAGACAUCCUGGACGCAGCCGGAGAGAGAGACUUCCCCGCCAAGCGCAGACUCUCCAUCCUCACCGGUGAUAUCUUCCUGCUGGUGUUCAGCGUGGACGAUCGCAUCUCGUUUGAGGAAGUGUGUGCUCUGCGCUCUGAGAUCUCAUCAGCCAAGGCAGCUCUGACACGCUCGAAGGCUCAUGCUAUCAGCGCUCCGGUGGUGGUGUGUGCCAACAAGGUGGACCUGCCAGUCGAGCAGCACGCAGUGUCACGGACGGAGGCCCUGCACGUGUUCACAGAUGGCUGCGCGUUCUACGAGACGUCAGCCAAAGACAGCAACAAUCUAGAGGAGGUGUUUGUGGCCCUGGCGGAGCGAGGAGGGCUGCCGCUCGAGACGGGUCCAUCUCGCCACCGCAAGCUCUCCAUCCGCUCCUACCAUGCCAUUCUGCGUGCGCGGCAACGUGGAGGCGACACGCCAUGCGGCGCGGUGAACCCGCUCGCACGCAGACCCAGCUUCGGAACGGACUUGCAGCUCGCGCUCUCCUCACGUGAGGAACAAACACAGAGCAUGAAGCUGAGCAAAGCAGUGACACAUCCAGCCUGCCCCAUCCAGUGACCAGACCCUGUACACGGACAUGUUUUAUCCUCAUGAACAAUUGUGUCAAAUGUAGCCUCGGAAUCUAUCAUCGAACUGCUCCAUCAUCUUCCGGUCUUUUUCCUUUUCAUGUAAAUAUUGUGUACCAUUGUAAAGGUGCCAGGUUAAAUAGCAUGUGGUUGUAUAUAGAUUGUAUAUGUAGAUAGUAUAUAGUACACAGACUGGUAUUUAUAUUAAACUGAUAAUGUAUAAAACCGAA